UCAACGGCCCUCGGCGGCGCGCGCGCCGUAUAAUUGCCGGGAAGGCUGUGCGCAGAUCUCGGUGGCUAAGGCUGGACCUGCCUGGCUGUGCCGGCUGCUGCCAGGGCGAGGAUCGUCUGCGCGCCUAGGUCCUUUUCUCCUUCGUUGCCGGGAGUAAAUCUCUCUCGAAACCGACUGAUCCGUUCCCGGAAAGGGGACGGAUAUUCAAGACCACUUCAUCGUCCUUCCAGUGGACACCGAGCCCAGCAUCGGUGGCGUCCGCUGGUGGCGGUUUUGCCAAGUGUUGUCACAUUGAAAAAUGGCUAAUGGACAAGACCGGGUAGUUACUCUAGUGGACAUGGACUGUUUUUUUGUUCAAGUGGAACAGCGGCAAAAUCCUCAUUUGAGGAAUAAACCUUGUGCAGUUGUACAGUACAAAUCAUGGAAGGGUGGUGGAAUCGUUGCAGUAAGUUAUGAAGCUCGUGCAUUUGGGGUCACUAGAAACAUGUGGGCAGAUGAUGCUAAGAAGUUAUGUCCAGAUCUUCUACUGGCACAAGUUCGUGAGACCCAUGGAAAAGCUAACCUCACCAAGUACCGGGAAGCCAGUGUGGAAGUGAUGGAGGUAAUGUCUCGUUUUGCUGCGAUUGAACGUGCCAGCAUUGAUGAGGCUUAUGUAGACCUGACCAGUGCUGUACAAGAGAGACUGCAAAAGCUCCAAGGUCAGCCUCUCUCAGCAGACUUGUUGCCAACCACCUACAUUGAAGGGUUGCCCCAAAGCCUUACAACAGCAGAAGGGACUGUUCAGAAAGAGGAAAUGCGAAAACAAGGCUUAUUGCAAUGGCUUGAUUCUCUUCAGACUGAUAACACCACCUCUCCAGACCUACAGCUCACUGUGGGAGCAGUGAUCGUGGAGGAAAUGAGAGCAGCCAUAGAGAGGCAGACUGGUCUUCAGUGCUCAGCCGGGAUUUCUCACAAUAAGGUUCUGGCAAAGCUGGCCUGUGGACUAAACAAGCCCAACCGGCAGACCCUGGUCUCACAUGGGUCAGUCCCACAGCUCUUCAGCCAAGUGCCUAUUAGCAAAAUCCGUAAUCUUGGAGGAAAGCUAGGGGCUUCUGUCAUUGACAUCCUGGGGGUAGAAUACAUGGGAGAACUGACCCAGUUCACUGAAUCCCAGCUCCAGAGUCAUUUUGGGGAGAAGAAUGGAUCUUGGCUAUAUGCCAUGUGCCGGGGGAUUGAACAUGAACCAGUUAGACCCAGGCAAAUACCCAAAACCAUUGGCUGCGGCAAGAACUUCCCAGGAAAAACAGCUCUGGCUGCUCCGGAACAGGUACAAUGGUGGCUUUUGCAAUUAGCCCAGGAACUAGAGGAGAGACUAAUCAAGGACCGAAAUGAUAAUGACAGGGUGGCCACUCAGUUGGCUGUGAGCAUUCGCGUACAAGGAGACAAACGUCUCAGCAGCCUGCGCCGCUGCUGUGCCCUUAUUCGCUAUGAUGCUCACAGGAUGAGCCAUGAUGCAUUUGCUGUCAUCAGGAACUGUAACACUUCAGUAACCCAAACUGAAUGGUCCCCUCCCCUUACAAUGGUUUUCCUCUGUGCUACCAAAUUCUCUGCCUCUGCCCCUUCACCUGGCACAGACAUCACCAUCUUCUUGAGCAGUGACCCAAGUUCUCCGUCAAAGGUGCCAAUUACCAGUUCAGAAGCUAAGACCCAGGAAAAUGGCCCAGCGGUGACAACCACUAAGAAAGCAACCACUUCUCUGGAAUCAUUCUUCCAGAAAGCUGCAGAAAAGCAGAAAGUCAAAGAAGCUUCACUUUCUUCUCUUACUGCCACUACGCAGGCCCCCAUAAGCAAUUCACCCUCCAAGCCCUCAUUACCUUUCCAAACCAGUCGUACUUCAGGAACUGAGCCCUUCUUUAAACAGAAAAGUCUGCUUCUAAAGCAGAAACAGCUUACUAAUGUUUUCUUCCCUCCACAAAAACCACAGUCCAGUCCUAAAGAGUUACCAAAUUGUUUUCCAGCAGAGUGUCCAGAUUGUGCCCCUGUCUGUGAAAAGGUGAAGUUAGGAUCCUUCAAAGCAACUCCUGCAGAGAUGGAUUUGGCCCAGAACAGCCUGAGCAGCCUUACUUCUUUAACUUCCAAGUCUGCUCUGGAGGUGGCUCAGAAGGCAACUACUACCUCCAGUCUUCUGGCUGCUGAGGACCAAGUGCCCUGUGAGAAGUGUGGCUCUCUGGUACCUGUAUGGGAGAUGCCAGAACAUACAGACUAUCAUUUUGCAUUGGACUUGCAGAAAUCCUUUUUGCAGCCCCACUCCUCAAACCCCCAGGUUGUUCCUGCCAGUUCUCCUCAAGGCAAAAGAAAUCCCAAGAGCCCUUUGGCUUCCAAUAAUAAACGCCCUAGGCCUCAGGGCAUGCAGACAUUGGAAUCAUUUUUUAAGCCAUUAACACACUAGUGCUGCCCUCAGGCUUGCUGCAGGGUUUUAAUAUUUUAUUUGUAACUGGGAGAUGGAAAUAUGUUCACUUCUCAAGGAAAUUUAUAACUUUAUAAAAAUUUUAAUAAGGAAAAUAAUCCGGUUAGAUGCUGAGUUAAGGCUCCCAUCUCAGGGAUUCUAAUUCUAUUGUUGGCAGGGAUGUAAAAACUCAUCUUCCAGAGAUACAACUGUAUUGAGUUUUUAAUUUGUUAGUCUUUAGGGAAGCAGUGUCAUACAGUUUAAAAUGCCUGGGCCUUGGAACGUUAAGAGAUCUGGUUCCAAACCUGGCUUUGCCUCUUGGAAUACGGCCUUGAGCAAGUCACUUUCCUCAUGUAUAAAACUGAGAUAAUGCCUUAGAUUAUUGAAGAUUGAGAAAAAUGUACUUAAAGUAUGUAGUUAACGUUGGCACAUAAAAGGAACUGAGUGAAAAAAAGUUUAAAAAAAUUUUUUUAUGUGAGGUGAAGACCUGAAACCCUAAAGUGGUAACUAAUUUAGGGCAGGACUGUGUACAUAGAAGCUACUCAAUAAAUACUGAAUUUCAUUCAAGUAAACCCUAUCACAGCCACAAUUUUAGCCAUUGGCCCUUCUACCUCUUGCAAUGAGACUGUUACUGGACUAGCUCAGGAACUCUGUUUAGAUUGGCUAAGUCACGAUCAGAACUAGAUCAUCUCUAGGACCUCGUUACUGCAAGUGUGAUUUUGAGGGGCAGCAGCUCUGCCACCAGAGAACUUGUUAGAAAUAGUCUCAGCCUUACCCCCACCCCUAAUGAAUUUGUAUAUUAACAAAUUUGAGAAAUACCAUCUAGAAGAUAAUAACAGCCCACCAGGUUUGUAGAGGGCAAUGUCAUUUCCUUAGACUCUAAAUACAAAUGUAAGAGGUAAAUGCUUGGGCCUUCAGGGUCACUGGCAUGUUCAUCUCUUCCCUACUGAAGUGUGAAUCUUUAGCUUAGGGUUUUAAAUGAAUUAUUGUAGCUUUUUGCACUAGUCCAUGUUUAUAGUACUGUCUUCUUAAUCUCCAUUCUUAUGUGUGGAAAGUCAGUUUUGGCUUUUCUGAUAUGGGAAAUGUUUUUGAUGAUUACACAGAGAACCCAAUCAAAGAUGAACUGAGUGGUGGCGGGGGGGAGAUAAGAGGGUAGGGAGAACGGUACACACAGUCCCCCUUCCCAUACAUGUACUCAAACCAGUACUUUUAGGCUUAUGUUAGCUUAUUUAUAAAUUGGGGGUCUGUAAUUUGAAGGGGGAACAUUUGAAAACCACUGUGUCUAGCAAAUUAGUUCUUCCUCCAGAAAGACCUUCCACUUUGUGGCAGUUAAAUAUCUAAUAAAAGAUAGUGCUUACUGUAUACAUGGCUCUUUCCCUACUAGAUUUGUAGAUUUCUUAAAGGCAAGAAUUCUUCACAGUGCCUUGCACACAACAGGUGCUUGAUAUUCACUGGAUGAAACGUAUAUACUGAAAAUUUUAAGAUUACCAGAACUGUAACAAUAAAAAUGUACAUACUACUUA